CACAAGUAUACUUUAGGAGGAGGUAGUUGGUGGAGGGGAGCCCUGCAGAAAGGGAUAUGAGGAUGCUGGUUGACAGCAUGCUUGGUAUGAGUCAGUGGUGUGCCCUGGCAGCCAGGAGGGCAAACAGCAUCCCGGCGUACAUCAAACAUGGUGCAAUCAGCCACUCAAAAGAGGGGACUGUCCCACUGUGCACUGUAACGACUUAGAAGAAAAACAGAAAAAGAGGCGAUGUUCAGCUUCUUCCGAAAAAGUCAGGAUUCAAAGAAGGUUACAGUGUCAGAGAGAGAAGCAGAUGGAUUUGUUAUUGUGGGUGACACAAUUGAUGAUCCAAGUAGAGAGUCAAAGGAUAAAACGGAGACCAGACCGAUGUACAACCAACCCUCACAGAUAAAUAAAGGGCACCGAUCGCAGUUGACGGUACCAAGUGCAGAGGUGGGAAAUGAAAGGAGUCAAAACUUGGAAAGCAGCCCUUUCAUGUCAGACCUCCUGAGCGAUGUACCCUUUGCCCUGGCACCUCAUGUGUUAGCAGUACAGGGCACCCAUAAUGACGUCCCUGACCGAUUGCUAACCUACAACAUCAGUGAUAAUUUAUCAAGAUUUUGGUAUGACUUUACACUUGAAAAUUCAGUGCUCUGUGAUCCAUAAUGUUGUCUCUCUUCCUUCUGUCUGUGUCAAGAGCAAGUCUUAAAGUGAAGAUAAAGACUCGCUUUAAUUGACUUCGUAUUUUGGGGGCCUACCACUGAUAUAUCAUAUGCUUUGCAUCAACAGGAUUAUUAUUCAGAACGGUAUUGUAUUUCUUAGCUUUAAGCAAACUGUAACUUACUGUGUUACAUAUUCUAUUUAUCUGUGAAGAAAUCAAGCAAAACUGUUUCAGCCUCAGUAGGAGACUGGCUGUUGGUAUCCACUUGCAGUAGGUAGGAUGCAAACACAAACAUUUCACAACGUUAAGAUGAAGUCUGUGCACCUCUGCACUGUUUUGUUAUGUCACUCAGAUACUAAACAUACAAUUCCUAUUACACAUGUCAAGAUCACCUCUGAUUUUCUACAAAUAGAAGCCAGUAUUAAUGCUAAAGCAACGCUGCUUUGCACUGCUGGAAUUCUUCACCUGAAUCAAGUUUUGAAACUCAGAGUUAAUUAUGCAUACUUAAAUAAUUUUCAAGACUUGAUAGAAUUGGUUAAACUUACCAGUUUAAAAAUGAAAAUCUGUUUCUCAGCUCCCUUUCCAGUAGAUGGUAUUUUUGUCCAUCUCAUUUCGUGCCUGGAGAAGUCCACACCGCCUGCAUGUUGGCUGCUGUUUGUUCUCAUUACCACAUGUGUUCCUGAUUUAUACACAGAUCAGCUUUUCCAUUUUAACCUCUUUGCCCCCUGAAGAAGGAAAUCUCAGGACCUGUACUUUUAAUGGUCACACCCUUAUUUUUUUAAUUUGUGUGCCAGAGAUACAGAUGGCAAUGUUUAACAACAGGAAAACAUUACAUUGUUUCUUAUCCAGCUAAAUUAAAUGGCUAAGUACCUAAACAUGUAUUCUCACAGACUGCUGUAUCCCCCACUCACAAGCUUUGAGCAUGUUUUUUCCCGACUAAAACCAGAGCUCCUGAUGCAUGAGCAACAGCUCUCUGAUGUAACAUUGUGAUUUGUGAUGAAUAAUGAUAUGUGCAACACAAAAGACUCUACUUGUUUUCUCUCAUGAAGUAGAAUAUUUAUAUUGUGCCAAAUGUUAGUGGGUAUUUUCAUAUGUUUUCUGUGCUCUGUGAUAGCUUAAAAUACAUAUAUUUUCAAACUUUCAUCCUCUUACAGUAUUUGAGAUAAAUACUGUAAAUGAUGGAGAAAUUGCAUUGUGAAAUACAUCUUAGAUUGUUAUUCAUGUUUUAGGGUUUUUAAGUGUAUGUAUUUAAUAUUUUUGACAGCUAUGUUUGUAAAUAUUUUGAAGUUGUUGUUUCAGGGAAAGUAUCUGUGCUGCACUGCAAUUAAAAAAACCCUGCUAAGUAAUAGUGAGUUAUGUUUUAUGUGUGAGAGUUAUUGCUUGGCUUUACUUGUAGCUAUGACUAUUCACACUUCCGAGGAGCUUGAAUAUUGGAUUGAAAUUGUGUAUUCCAUUUGGAAAUCUUUUCAGUGUCAUUUAAAAAUUGG